GAUCCCAUUGGACGUGGGAGGUUCUCCGGAUGAUCUUGUCUCAGACUGAUGACCUGUCCACCAUUGGAAAGUCCCAGAACUUCAUAGAGAUGAUCUCUGACGAGAUGUUGGAGUCACAGGCUUCCCCUCGCGUGCUCAACUCUCAUCUCUGGUUCGACUACCUCCCGAAGCAGGUAGCAGAGAAGAAGUUAAAAAUCGUACUGACUGCCCGCAACCCCAAGGACACGGCUGUCUCGUUCUACAAUCACCACAUCAACUUGUCCGAAAUGUACGGCUACAAUGGACCGUUCAAGUAUUGGUUCCAGAUGUACCUAGACGGAAAUG